UCCCUCCUAUCUCUUUCUGAGAAAUGUCCCAUCUCCUUUCUGAUACCACCGCAAUGGAUUCGUCUCCGAUCUCCACCGCCGAUUCGUUACAUCCAGCUUCAAGUUUCAAGCUCCGUCUUCUCUGCAGCUAUGGUGGCCACAUUAUCCCCCGUCCUCACGACAAAUCCCUCGUCUAUUCCGGUGGCGAGACUCACAUCGUCGGCAUCGAUCGACGUACCAUAGGUGCAUCGCUAUCCUAUCUUACAUCUCAUCUCUCCAAAGUCUAUUACAACAAUCGUUCAUUCCUCCUCAAAUAUCUCCUUCCAGACGGAGAUCUAGACGCACUCAUAUCCGUAACCAAUGAUGAUGAUCUCCAAAUUAUGAUCGAGGAACAAGAUCGCCUCGCGGCCUCACCCAAUCAUUCUCGUAUCCGAUUGUUCCUGUUUCCUAGCGAAACUGUUACCGAUCAGAAGGCUGAGGCAUGGUUCAUUGACGCCUUGAGGAGUGUCAGCAUUACGCAGAGAGGGAAAUCUGUUGAAUCUGGUGUUAAUAGUGGAUCGGGUUCGGAUGUUUCUUCUCCUGGUUGUGUCUGUGAGGCUAAACAUUGUUCUGAUCUUGCUUCGGUGCCGGAAACAAUGGUGUUAGAGACAAGUUCUUCUAUUGGUUCAAAUGGAUCUUCGGCUUCGAAUCCAAAUAUGGGUUUGAAUGAUAUCCAUACUGAGGAAACUGGGUUUCAUUCGGCUGAUUACAAGAUUAAAUCUCCAUCUCCUGGAUCAUUUGAUAGUGAGAGCAGCAGCAGCAUUGCAAGUAUAUUAACCCACACUCAAUCUCCUACUUAUCAUGAUCCUAUACAUCAAUCAAUGGGAACCCUAGUUUUCCCAAGUUCUUGUGAAUCAGCAGGAAUGCAUGAAGCUCAAUAUUGGGUUCAAACACCCAAGGAUCCUUCAACUCCUUCUUCAUGUCCUAACCUACAACCAGAUCAAACACAAACACAAACACAAACACAAACUCAGACACGAUGUCAGCAGCAAGAGAUUCGUUACAUCUCUGCAAGCCCUUCUUUGGUAUCUCAAUAUCCAUCUGGCCCAUUCUAUCCUGUUUACUAUUCAGCCAUAUCCCCACAACAACAACAACACCAACAACAACAAAACCAACAUCCCCUAUACUUAUCAACAACUCAAGUUUACAAUGUACCUAUGCAAUGCAGUUUAGUAGACACAACAAACCCUUCUCAAUCUGGUUCUUCUAUACAACACCAUCCACAUGCCACCGUUCUUUCUCCUUCUUUCACUUACAAAGAAGUUGGAUCAGCCAUUAUACCCACUGAACUAUCCGCUAAAGUCUACUUGCCUGUUGCUGCUGGUUCCGCAGCAUCACACUUUCAUAUGCCUUCUAGUCAAAAUGUGCAACCGUCAGUUAAUGUAUCGGAAAUGGCAUCCCAUCCAAUUGCUGCAGCAGCUUCUAAAGCUGCUGCUGCUGCUACUGCUACCAAUGUUUGUGAAAAUAAUGACGAGGAUGAUCUCUUGUACAGUACUACUAUGUACAAGUCUCAACCUUCGGGUCCAUUGCUUCCACAAUAUUAUGCAGUCAAUCAUCAAGGCACAAUCGGGUCGAGGCAGAUGAAUGCAGAAUACGUUCAGCAUAAGAUAGCCAACUUACAGAUGUAGAGAAUUAUGGGAUUUGAUGACAAUUUAUAGGAGAAACAAGUUUUGCAGGAAGUCUGAGAUUUAGCUAUUUGAUCUUGGAAUGUAAAUUAUCUGUGUUUUGUUUUUUGUGUUGAUAUAAUUGUAAAUAUGUAUUUGGCCUAUCGUGUAUAGUACGAAGGUGUAUCAUUGUAGUACAAGAUUACUGAAAGUUA